CGCGCUUCAAAUGUCAGCUGUCAUUAUCAGCUGAGGUUAUUUAAAAAGCUUCCAAAAUGAAUUUAGCCAAAAAUGUGUUUUAAUAAACUUUCCGAUGAUUUAUAAAACGUUUUGAAUAUGGCUGUUCCUUGUGAAAUGUUGCUACAUCCCGAAUUAUUAACCAACGAGCAAUUAAUAUACGUACUUCACGAGCGACAUUUGAGGGUCCCAAACCUUGAAAAUAUGGCAAGAGAUGAAUUGUUACACAUUUUUCAUCAGUAUUGUGUACCCCAUGGUCAAAGAAGAUAUAGAGACUCAGGAAGAGGAAAGGUGUUGAAUAAAGCACGACCCGUUAGUCCACCGGCACCCCAGAAAGUCUCUCUAAAUACAGCCUUUAACUCAAGAAAAUCUGUGUACUCAGAUCACUUUGAAAGAAUCAAACCACCGCCAGAUUUGUUAAGUGGGCAUAUGAAAAGGAUUAAAUUAGAAAAUAAGGAUAAAGAUGCUUAUUUAAAAAGGAAAAUGUCUAUAGACUCUGAUACACCUGCAACCGACAGUCCGCCGCCAAAAAAAGACAGGAAACCUAUAACAUGGCCCUAAAAACCGCCCAAUUAGAUACUUCUUUAAAUUAGAAACUAAGCUCUUUUAGUAUAAAAGCUCUAUAAAGGAUCAACACACCUGACACCCGCUAGCCUGAGUUGAGUUGUCGCGCGUGACUAAAUACAUAUAGCGUGGCUAGAAGUAUGGAUUAG